UUUUAUUUUCUGCUAAAUCUCUGAUCUUAUCAUGUUCUUCUAAACCUUCAGAUUGAGAAACAAGAGAAAACCACAGCACUUUCUCAUCCGUGUGUGUGUGUGUGUGUGUGCGUGUGUGUGCGUGUGUGUGUGUGUGCGUGUGUGUCUGUGAGAGAGAGAGUGCAAGUUCAGCAUUACUUCUGUUGAAAUAUUUAAUAAGUGUGUGUGUCCUCUCUUCAUGUCGAGUGUGUGUUUUAUUGCAUCAGAUGAAGAUGAACAGCAGCAGGUGUGUGUGUGUGAGCACGCUGCUCUGCUUUUUCUGCUUCUCCUGUGCAUUGAAGGGAAAUAUGAAGCAGAUUUCCAGUGUUCAAGAGCUGACGGUGACCGGCGCAGACAUGAUGCACUGUGAGAAACAGCAGAACGUGUGUGUGACGUCUGACACCGACUGCCUGCGUUCACCAGCAGAUCUUCAUUCUGCUCCAGAGAACUUCCUGAACACAACGUGUCACUUCCUGUUCCAGGAGAGCUCACUGACCUGCAGAUGGACACAGAUUAGAGACAGCAGAUCUGAGAUCAGCAGCAGCUUCAUUUUCAGCCAAGCUGAAGACGUGGACGACUGUCCAUCCAUAUUAAAUGUGCUCUCCAGCUUCUCUUUAAUUAUUAAAACCAAGGAUUUGUUGAGCCAGAAGGAGAUGUUCUCUGACCCCUAUCCGCUGCUCAUGCAGAAUAUAGUUCAAGCUCCUCGACCAACCAUCACGUCUGUAAAUGUCAGUGAAACGUCGGUGUCUGUAAGCUGCAGCAGUGGGAAAUACUCAGUCUCUGAAUGCAGAAUACGCUAUAAACUGCUCAACACUGAGGCCUGGACGGAGACCGCAGGUUUCAGCGUCUCCACCAAGUGUGUGUGUGUGCUCGGGGAUUUGCAGUUUUUCAGUGUGUAUGAUCUGAGCAUCUCCUGUUUUUAUGGAUUCGGCCGCUGGAGUGACUGGAGUUACACAACACGAGUAAAGACUGCUGAAAAACGUCCGUCUGCGUCUCCAGCUCUCAGUUAUUAUGUGUUUUCAGAUGUAAACUCUGGCCAUCAGCAGCUGCUGCUUCUCUGGAAGGCUCUGGAGGUCAGAGAGGCUGGAGGACUUGUUCAGGGUUAUGAAGUUUCCUACAUGCCCAUCAGACAGCCUUCACUGAAGAAAACCAUCAACACCACUGAUCUCAUGGUGUUUGUGCCGGUGCUGUCGGAGGAGUAUGAGGUCAGUGUGUGUGCGUUUAACAGUGCCGGACGCUCACCUUACAGCCAGCUCACACUCCACACCUCACACACACAUGGUGUGUGUGCGCUCAGGUCUCUCUGGGUUUACUCUGACGGCUCUUCUCUGCGGGUUCGCUGGGAUGGAGAGUUUACCGCGGUAAACCUCAGUGAAUUUGCCAUCCAGUGGAGCGAAGCCUCAAACCCUGAACACACACACUGGAGGAGAGUCAACAGAUCCACAUUUAACAGCACCAUCACAGACAUCAGAUGGCAGCAGGUUUACAGCAUCAGUGUGUUUCCAGUGUGUGAGCGUGUCUGCGGGCCUCCGUCCUCUAUCUCUGCUGAUCUGCAGCAUGGUGCUCUUCUAGAUCUUCAGCUGCUGUCAGUGGUCAGCGUGUCCAGCUCUUCAGUGUGUGUGCAGUGGUUGUGGCAGCAGAUGAACAGCAGUGUUAAUGUUCUUCAGUAUCGGCUGGAGCUCAGCGGCCCACAGGACACACACACGGUGUCGGUGUUUCCUGAUCAGAAGCAGCACUGGUUCCUCAAUCUUCAGCCAAACACACAGUACUCCGUCUACAUCCGUGCAGAAACUACAGCUGUGAACUUCACUAGGGCCAGUCUGGACAUCCACACACUCCUGCUGGAUUAUGAUGAUGUGCUGCGGUUUGCUGUACCGCUGCUGCUGCUGAUCCUCAUCUGUGGGAUUUUCUCUGUGUUCACCAGGAGCAUAUGCAGGCAGUAUUUAUUCCCGGUAAUCUCCAAUCCGCGCUGCAGUCUGAUUGGUCGGUGGCUCCUCAGCCCUCAUCUGCAGGCUGAGGCUGAGGUGUGUGUGCUGAUGGAGAGUGUGUUCCUGAUGGAGCAGCAGAUGGAGAAGAGCGUCCUGCAGCUCCUACAAGAGCCUGAUGAAGAUCUGAGCUCUUCAGAAUCCUGCGCUGAUGAAGGUACCGCUCUGUGGAGAGGAAACCCAGACACACACACUCCCUCCAGCCUGCCCGAGUACGUCCAUCUACCCGUAAUGCCCGAUCACACACACUACGUUCACAAUGGCCAGAUUCCUGCCGUCUGACAGGAACAUCACACUCAAAACACACACACACAUCAACAUGUGUUCAGUCUAAAUGAAGAGUCUCAAAGGCAGUUCAUGCAGGAUCCCACAACUAAAUAAUACAUGUGCCAAAGUCUAAAUGUGUUUGGAUUAUAAACCACUCCUCAGUGCAUAUCAAAAAAUAUAUUAUAGAUAUAUUCAUGAACUGUAUAUCAUCUAAUAUUACAAACAUACAGCAAAAUUAUUCAGCAUGCACUACAAAAUGCUUUUCUGUUUGAGUUUAAAUACCUAUAAUAAAAAUAAACAUAAAUAAAGAAGCAUUUAAAAAAAUAUAGUCUUGCUUUCUGAAAUAAUGAGUCCAAAUUAAGUGGGUUUUUAUCUAAAACAAGCAAAAUAAUCUGACAGUGGGGUCAGCUAAAAACUUACUUCAAACCAAAAAGAAAGGAGAUUUUUCUUCCCCCAUUGGCAGAUUAUUGUGCUGGUUUUAAGGAAAGCUCACUUAAUUUUGACUCUGAAAACAAGCCUGUUUUAGAAAAUGUUUCUUCACUCAGGAAUUUUUAGAUAUUUGGACAAAAAAAAGACAAUCUUUAAGUUAGAAAAGCAUUUUAGCAGUGUGCAUAUCAAUGAUCUCGCCAAAAACAUAAAUGACAAUAAAUAUAUGUAUUAAUAUUUCUUUACAUUAAUAAAGUAUACACACAAAUAUACAGAUGUACACUCAAAGGCCACUUUAUUAGGUACACCUUACUAGUACCAGGUUGUUCCCCUUUUUACCUUCAGAACUGCCUUAAUCCUUCAUGGCAGAGAUUCAAGCUCCUGGAAAUAUUCCUCAGAGAUUUUGCUCCAUAUUGACAUGAUAGCAUCACACAGUUGCUGCAGAUUUGUCGGCUGCACAUCCAUGAUGCCAAUCUCCCGUUCCACCACAUCCCAAAGGUGCUCUAUUGGAUUGUAACGAGUGCUUAUUUGAGUUACUGUUGCCUUUCUAUCAGCUGGAACCAGUCUGGCCAUUCUCUUCUGAACUCAGAACUGCCGCUCACUGGAUAUUUCCUCUUUGUCGGACCAUUCUCUGUAAACCCUAGAGAUGGUUGUGCGUGAAAAUCCCAGUAGAUCAGCAGUUUCUGAAAUACUCAGAUCAGCCCGUCUGGGAACAACAACCAUGUCACGUUCAGUCACUUAAAUCCCCUUUCUUCCCCAUUCUGAUGCUCACUUUGACCUGCAGCAGAUCGUCUUGACCAUGUCUACAUGCCUAAAUGCAGUGAGCUGCUGCCAUGUGAUUGGCUGAUUAGAAAUUUGCGAUAACGAGCAGAUGGACAGGUGUACCUAAUAAAGUGUCCGGUGAGUGUACAGAAAACAUUUGCAGUAAUCCACAAAAAAAUCUCCUACAUUUAUGAUUUUUCCGUAAUAAUAUCUCAAAAUUCCUAAAUUAAAAUAAUUAAGCAAGAUCACUUACUUAAAUAGCAUAAAACAUAAUCGCUCACUUAAAAUGACAGAAGAACUGAAAGUUGCUAAAAUGCAUGGAACAAAAGCAAAUAGGCAAUACAAAUAAAAUGAAUUAAAAAUACAAUUUAAUACAUUUCUAAAACUUCAGCGAUUAUGCUUUUUAUCUAGUUAUCG